AUGGUUGGUCAUAAACGCAUCGACAUCCUGACGAACGACCACAAAGGCCCCGGUGGGCUCCUCUAUGAACUUAACGUGCGAUGCUCUCCAGCGGGCUCGCCCGCCGUGAAUAUGUGCUCCGCUGAGGAGCGCAGUGCCGCGGUGCAGCGCCGCGAGCUCGGCAUUGUAGCACACUCGGUCCCAGAGCGGCAGACGCGAUACGGUGCGAACGUGCUAUCCCAGCCGCCGAAGGAGAGUGUGUGGCAUUUCGUAAAGAGCUCCAUCGAGGACGAUCGCGUUGUGCAAAUUUUGACUGGUGCUGCCCUUGUAUCUAUGAUACUUGGCAUCACCACCCCGGACUUCCGCACCGGCGAGGUCGACCUCGCCAUGGGCUGGGUUGAGGGGGCGGCCAUCUUCGCCUCCGUGUUCAUCGUGACAUUUGUGAACGCAGUGAACGACUACCGUAAGCAAGAGCAGUUUGCCGAGGUGAUGCGGGCCGAGAACGCCGCUCGCCGCAGGGUCACAGUGUGGCGCUAUGCCCCACUCAGCAGCACCGACGGCUGCGGUGGCGGCAGUAGCGUGACGGGCACGGACGGCCUCGCCUGCGUGGCGCUGGAGGUGCCAAGCUCCGAUAUUGUUGUAGGGGACGUUGUACAGGUUAGCGCCGGGAUGCAGCUAACGUUCGACGCCGUGCUGCUAGGCAGUUUGGGCCCGAUCUUGGCGGACGAGAGUAGCGUCACCGGGGAGAACGAUGACGUGCUGAAGCAGGCGCUCACCGACCCAUUUCUCAUUAGCGGGUCGUCGCUGUUGGACGGGUCAGCUGAGGGAGUGGCGCUCGUCUGCGCGGUGGGGCCCAACUCCUUUUCGGGCGAGAUCGCCAUGUCCAUUCAGUCAACGGAAAAAGCGAACACGCCGCUUCAAGACCAGCUCGAGGCAAUGGCGGAGGUCAUCGGCAAGUUCGGCAUUGGCGCGGCCCUCUUCACGUUUGCAGCGCUGCUCAUCAAGGAGGUCUUCAUGUAUCUUGUGCACAGCAGCCCACUGUACGCCAUGAAGUUCUUUGAAAACUUGACCACGGCGAUUGCCAUUGUGGUGGUCGCCGUACCGGAGGGCCUACCGCUCUCGGUCACCAUCUCACUCGCCUACAGCAUGCGACUCAUGCUGAAGGAUGGCAACCUUGUCCGCCACUUGGCAGCGUGCGAGACCAUGGGCGGGGCGACGGUGCUGUGCACGGACAAGACGGGCACCUUGACGGCCCCAACGAUGCAAGUGAAGCAAAUAUUCCUGUCCGCGGUCACGUACGCGGUAGAAGACGCCGGCACCGUCGUGGGGGGCGACCUCUCAACCUUUGGUGACGAGGAGUCACCAGCGGCGUUGCCGACACGCUCCAUACGUACUCAUACGUUCGUGCCGCCACCGCCGCCGUGCGGGUUUGGGCAAAGCCCGCUCUCGCGCGCGCCUCCCAGCAAAGCCAUCACCGUUCCCCUACCUCCCUCGAGCGUGCAGCUUUUUCUGGAUUGUAUUGUAGCCAACGCUAUUGACCCAGAGGUAGGACGCGCGACCAACAAGACGAGCGAGGCGUUGUUGUGGCUCUGCCAUCUCAUGCACUGCUCGAGCAGCCAUGCAACACAGCACGAUGUGCAGUCGUUCCGCAACACCCAGGCCUGCAUGCUGACCGCGAUGCAGGACCCGAGCCGGUGCCGUCGCUACCCGUUCAGCUCGCACAGCAAGAUGAGCCUCUGCAUGUUGCGCCAGCUGGCGGGGCCAGCUGGUGCGGGAAACGGAGGGGGCCGCACGCGGCUCUACGCGGCCGGCGCAGCUGAGGUCAUCCUGGCACGCUGCACUUCGUACAUUAACGAUAAGGGUGUGCCGGUGCCGCUGACAUCUGAGAUGCGGGCCUUCCAUGAACAGGCGUUGACGCGCUAUACCGAAUCGGGGCUUCGGACUAUCUGCUGCGCCUUCAGCGAUGCGCACGGUGCCGCAGAGGCGAAGCUGUGGAACCAGCAGCUGCAGCACGGCGCGGGUGCCGCUUAUGACGGCGAGCUCUGCAUGAUCGGAAUGGUCGGCCUUGAGGAGGAUGUGCGGCCGGAAGUGCCUGGCGCAGUGAGCCAGUGCUUCGGAGCUGGUUUGCGCGUCAUCAUGAUCACCGGUGACGCCACUCUCACGGCGAUCAAUAUUGCCUGCCGCUGCGGGCUGAUUCGCGGCGGCUCAAGCAGUGGCGCGCUAAGGGGCCCGCCGCUCCCGGACGGCAACCGCACCCUGCGCAACCCCGAGGCGCCUAGCUGGUCGACUACUGCUACACUCGCGAACGGCAACGACAACGGGUUCAGUCCGACGGAGAGCAGUGAUGCUGCGAUCUUCGUGAAUACGUCGCUGCUCCACUACGAAAACAGCGGCGCCGCCUCUGAUGUCGAGGGUCAGUUUUUGGACGGUGCGUUUGGCCGAACAGCGUGGAUGAUGCAGGAACCGACCGCGAAUGCGUCGCCCCAGCAGCUCAUAGAUAGCGGCUACGCCCUCGAUGGAGAAACCUUUCGGCAGCUCAGCGACACGGAGCUGCUCCAGCAGUACCUGCCACAGAUUCGCAUCCUUGCUCGCGCAACGCCGAUGGACAAGAAGCGGCUGCUCUCCCUCCUGCGCCGCAUCGACCCGAGCGCAGUGAUUGCAAUGACCGGCGAUGGCACCAAUGACGCGCCGGCGCUAAAGCUUAGCGACGUCGGAUUUGCCAUGAACGGCGGCAGUGACGUGGCGAAGCGCGCGUCCGAUAUCAUUUUGCUGAACGACAACUUCAUUGGCAUGGUGAAGGCGACCAUGUGGGGCCGAAACGUCAAGGACAACAUUCGCAAGUUUCUGCAGUUUCAGCUCACGGUGAACUUUUCGGCGUGCGUCGUCUCUUUCUGUGGCGCCAUCAUGAGCGAGCAGAACAUGUCACCCCUGAAGCCGGUGCAGCUCCUCUGGUUAAACCUCAUCAUGGACACACUCGCCGCCCUCGCUCUGGCGACGGAGCUGCCAUGUGAACCCAUGCUCCUCUCCCGGCCGCCCGAGUCGAAGGAUACCGCAAUCAUCGUGCCGAGCAUGUGGUUCCAGAUCGGCUUUCAGAGCACCUUCCAGGUCAUGUGCCAGCUUUUGCUGCUCGGCUACGGGAAUGUGCUGCUGAGCGCGCGGGGGCACACGAAGCCGCUGCCGCCCUCCGGGGAGUCGCCGCGCGACCCGCGCUACUUCAGCGACGCCCACAUCUGCUUUCUCUUCAACGCGUUUGUGUGGAUGCAGAUCUUCAACUUCUUUAACGCACGUCUGCUACACCGCGGCGAGGGCUUCUUCUCCAACUGGGCGGACAGUGUCGUGCUCUUUGUUAUUGUCGGCAUCAUUGUCGUGUUGCAGAUCAUAAUUGUGGAGUUUGGCGGCAAGAUUAUGUCCACGGUGCCUCUGACAGCGCAUGAGUGGUUCUACUCUGUCCUCAUUGCAAGCGGCACCCUCCCAGUGGGCGCUGUCUCGCGCUUGAUCUAUGCCCGUUAUUCGAAGCGCGUGCUGCCGCGCGACGGGUGCUCGCGAGGGCUGCUGUUGCGGCUUCGGCGCAGUGUGAAGAGUGGUAGGCUCAAGGGAAAGCGGUAG